GCGCUGCCUGGGCCACCUCUUUCUCAGCCUGGGCAUGGUCUACCUCCGGAUCGGCGGCUUCUCCUCAGUGGUAGCUCUGGGCGCGAGCAUCAUCUGUAACAAGAUCCCAGGCCUGGCUCCCAGACAGCGGGCGAUCUGCCAGAGCCGGCCCGACGCCAUCAUCGUCAUAGGAGAAGGCUCGCAAAUGGGCCUGGACGAGUGUCAGUUUCAGUUCCGCAAUGGCCGCUGGAACUGCUCGGCGCUGGGGGAGCGCACCGUCUUCGGGAAGGAGCUCAAAGUGGGGAGCCGGGAGGCUGCCUUCACCUACGCCAUCAUCGCGGCCGGCGUGGCCCACGCCAUCACCGCGGCCUGUACCCAGGGCAACCUGAGCGACUGUGGCUGUGACAAGGAGAAGCAAGGCCAGUACCACCGGGACGAGGGCUGGAAGUGGGGUGGCUGCUCUGCUGACAUCCGCUACGGCAUCGGCUUCGCCAAGGUCUUUGUGGAUGCACGGGAGAUCAAGCAGAACGCCCGGACCCUCAUGAACUUACACAAUAACGAGGCGGGCCGAAAGAUCCUGGAGGAGAACAUGAAGCUGGAGUGCAAGUGCCACGGCGUGUCGGGCUCCUGCACCACCAAGACCUGCUGGACCACGCUGCCCCAGUUCCGGGAGCUGGGCUACGUGCUCAAGGACAAGUACAACGAGGCGGUCCACGUGGAGCCCGUGCGCGCCAGCCGCAACAAGCGGCCCACCUUCCUCAAGAUCAAGAAGCCGCUGUCCUACCGCAAGCCCAUGGACACAGACCUGGUGUACAUCGAGAAGUCGCCCAACUACUGCGAGGAGGACCCGGUGACGGGCAGCGUGGGCACGCAGGGCCGCGCCUGCAACAAGACGGCCCCGCAGGCCAGCGGCUGCGACCUCAUGUGCUGCGGCCGCGGCUACAACACCCACCAGUACGCCCGCGUGUGGCAGUGCAACUGCAAGUUCCACUGGUGCUGCUUCGUCAAGUGCAACACGUGCAGCGAGCGCACCGAGGUCUACACCUGCAAGUGAGCGGCGGGGCGGGCGCCGAGGGCCCGGG